AUGCCCGCACCCUUUCGCACUGCUUCAGCCAUCCAGAAAGGCCGUGUCGCAGUUCAGACUUCAUCAGUGCAUCAUGAGGCGGAAGAAGACAGCCCUGACAAACAUGAGGCUCUGAGAGUUUUCAGGGCCAAAAGGACUGUGACAGGACGAUCUUGGGAGGCCCUGUUGAAUUCACAGAGAGCAUUGGGCGAUGGUUUGAGGCACAUUUUCGCGGGGAAGGCUACUGGCACUUUACAUGCACGUGCCAGCCCAAUUCUGCGAUACGUCAUGUGGUGUGACAAGAAGGGCAAUCUUGCCUUCCCGUUGGUUGCGUACCUGAGGAAAAGGCGUACCCUGCAGAAAGAUCCUCUCAGUGUGGCCAUGGUUGAGCACUUGGAGAAAGUCGUCAUGGCAGAGAGGACGCCAUUGGGUGCUGGAGAAGGUGCUGACUGGCUGCGACAGUUAUUGCAGGUUUCUGGCAUUCCAAGUGGAUCCAUGGGAAACAUUGGAACUCAUUCCCUCAAGGCCACGACACUCAGUUGGAUGGCUAAGUUUGGGGCGCCCAUCAGUAUCAGGCAGCACUUGGGUUACCACAUGCCGAGUGCUGACAAGAUGGCACUUCUGUAUUCUCGUGAUGCAUCAGCUGGACCCAUCCGUAAGCUGGAAGAAUGCCUUGCUGAGAUCAGGGCAAAGUCUUUUCUCCCAGAUGCCACACGAUCUGGUUAUUUUCCGAUGCAGGCACAACGACCUGAUCCUGAUGUUGAGCAGGGCCUUUCUGGACGUGGUUCAAAUGGGCAUGACUGGGUUUCUGGCCACACUAUUGGUGGAGUUAUGUCCAAUGACAACAAGUUUGAAUAUUUUUCAUGUGCGGUGCCGGAGCGCCUGGUUGAGGAAUGGGGAUCCAUGUUUUCCCACUUCAUAGGACUCGUGGAGAUGUAUGCCAUAUUGGUGAGCCGGCGUCAGGCAACUUGUCCUCUGACCGGAGUCCCUCUUGUAGACUUGUAA